GCUACCAUUUUAAAAACUUUUGUUUUUUGAAAGUUUAUUGUAUUUAAUUAACUAUAGUUUACAAUAAGCAUAAUUACCUUUUUUAAAAAGUUUGGACAAGAAUAAUGCAACACUAAAUUUACUCGGAAAAGGGCUCAAAAAUGGCUAAGAAAAAUAUAGAAGAUGUGGAUUUAUAUGCUAUUUUAGAUGUCCAGAUUUCUGCUACUGAAUCUGAGAUCAAAAAAGCGUAUCGUAAAAAGGCCCUACAAUGUCACCCGGACAAAAAUCCUGAUGAUCCCAAAGCGGCCGAAACUUUCCAUGAAUUGUCUAGGGCUUUGGAGAUAUUGACAGACGCAGGUGCUAGAGCUGCGUAUGACAAAGUUAUAAAAGCUAAAGCCGCUGCUAAACUACGUCACAAACAGUUAGAUAGUAAGCGUCAGAAACUAAAAGAAGACCUUGAAAGAAGAGAGCGUGAGGCCGCCUUGGGAAAAGAUUCAAAUCUUACUGAUGAACAAAAACUAGCUGCAGAAAUUCGAAGGUUACAAAAAGAAGGGAGUCGUCUUCUUCAAGAAGAACAGCAGAGAAUUAAAGAAGAAAUUAGGAGAAAUAAGGCAGGGCUUGCUGAACCUUAUUAUGUUCCCAGCUUGAAUAGAAUAAAGAUAAAAUGGAAAGCAGAUAAAAAUGACCCAAACAAUGGUGGUUAUGAUGAACCUACUUUAAGAAGAUUUUUAAAAAAGUAUGGCUACAUUUCUGCUUUAAUUAUUUCUCCCAAUAAAAAAGGCAGUGCUUUAGUAGAAUUUGCUACCAAAGAAGCUUCAGAAGUGGCUGUAGAACUUGAAAAAGGUCUACCAGAAAACCCAUUAACUUUAAAAUGGCUGCAUGAAAAACCAAUAUUGACAACAAAAAGACACCAAGGUGCACCUUCUUUGGUAUCAGAGAGGGACUAUGAGUCCAUUGUAUUGACAAAGAUGAGACAAGCUGCGGAAAGACAAAGGCUAAUGGAAGAAAUGAUGAAAGAAGAUAAAGGGUUAUGAUGUUAAUAAAUUUUAUAUUAUAUUUUUA